GUCGUCGUUCAAAUAAAAUAACAACAGUAAAACGGCGCUCUGCAGCUGUUCAUCACAACCGUGGGCGGGUUUUCAAGUGCAUAUAUAUAUAUAACGCGAAGACUUCCUGAAAUGAAGAGCACUGAAAACGAAAGUCAAAAGGGAAACGUGCACAUGGUUACACUACUGACGGGAGUACACAUCAGGUCUGUAAUAUGAGCCAGUGGAGCCAAAUUCAGCAGCUGGAGAUGAGACUCCUGGAGCAUGUGGACUAUUUGUAUAAUGACAAUUUCCCAAUGGACAUCAGACAGGGUCUGGCCAGUUGGAUCGAGGCUCAGGAUUGGGACAUGGCCGCUGACAACGAAUCCAUGGCACCAGUGCUGUUCUCCAACCUGUUGUCCCAGCUGGAGGUGGCCCUCUCUCGGGAGCAAAACUUCUUGCAAAGACACAACAUGAAGCUCAUACAGCAGCAGUUACAGGUGAAAUACGCCAGUAACCCGGCGGCCAUAGCCAGAGUGAUCUCCAACUGCCUCAAAGAAGAGCGGCGGAUCCUCUCCAGUGCUUGCAUGCAGGAGCAGGGUCCACUGGAGAAAUCGCUGCAGAAUUCAGUUGCCCUUGAGAGGCAAAUGAACAUGGACCACAGAAUCGGGGUGAUCCGGGCAAGUGUGCAGAUGAUGGACCAAGGAGUCAAAUACAUUGAGAACAUGCAAGAUGGUUUUGAUUUCCGCUACAAGACCCUGCAAUCUCGAGAUCCAUCAGAGAGAAACUCUGAGCUCAUGAAACAGGAAGUAACAAGACUACAGGAAAUACUCAACAGACUUGACUUUAAAAGAAAGGAGAUUUUGUCCAAGAUGGCCGUUGUCAUCAAGGAGAUUGAAAACCUGAUGAAUUCUCAGCUUGACGCCGAGCUUCGGGACUGGAAGCGCAAACAGCAAAUGGUCCUCAUCGGUAGUCCGCUGCUCACCAGCCUAGACCAUCUGCAGAGUUGGUUCACUCUGACAGCGCAGAGUCUGUUCCAGGUCAAGCGCCAACUGGACAAACUGGGGGAGCUGGUUUUGAAAGUCACCUACGAUAGUGACCCCAUUCCAAUGCAGAAACCUCAGAUGGAGGAACGCGUUAAAUACCUCAUCUCUCACAUCAUCAAGAGCUCAUUUGUGGUGGAGAAACAGCCCUGCAUGUCCACACAUCCGCAGAAACCUCUUGUCAUCAAGACCGGAGUGCAAUUCACCACUAAAGUCAGGCUCCUGGUUAUACUUCCAGCUAUUGAUUAUCAUCUAAAGGUGAAAACAACAUUGGACAAGGACCUCCCUCCUGGCAGAGUAAGCCGUCAGUUUUUCAUCGUCACCAAUACCACUAAAGUCAUGGAUAUUGAAGACUACACCAAUGGCUGCCUUUCAGUGGAUUUUAGACAUGCGCUGAGGGAGAAAAAAUACGGCAAUUCCACAAAGAACAAUGAGAGUCUGCUAUCUGUAACAGAAGAACUUCACUCUCUCAGUUUUGAGGCCCACUUUACAAUUCAGGGCCUUAACAUUGAUUUGGAGACAUGUUCCCUGCCCCUGGUGAUCAUUUCGAACGUGAGUCAGAUGCCUGGCGCCUGGGCCUCCGUCAUGUGGUAUAACCUUUUGAACGACGAGCCCAAGAAUUUGACCUUCUUCAGCGGUCUGCCGCGAGCCACGUGGAGUCAGCUCUCUGAGGUUCUCGGCUGGCAAUUUUCCACUAACUCCAGCCAGGGCCUCAACAAGGAACAGCUCAAUAUGUUGGGAGAAAAGCUUCUUGGUCAACACUUCUCCGAUAGUGACCAAGUCUACUGGUCUAAGUUUUGUAAGGAGAAUAUUCGAGGAAAACCUUUCAGUUUCUGGAUAUGGCUGGACUCCAUCCUGGAAUUGAUCAGGAAACACUUGCUGCCUGUGUGGAAUGAAAACUACAUCAUGGGUUUUGUGAGUAAAGAGAUGGAGCGUGCCCUGUUGCGGGAGAAAGAAUCGGGCACUUUCCUUCUGCGCUUCAGCGAAAGCCAUCUCGGAGGAAUCACCUUCACCUGGGUGCAACACAGCGACAACGGAGAGGCGACGUUCAACUCGGUGGAGCCGUACACCAAAAGCCGUCUGAACGCGCUACACUUUCCCGACAUCAUCCGGGACUACAAAGUGAUCUCAGACGGGGUGGUCCCCAAGAACCCGCUUAAGUUCCUCUAUCCUGACAUCCCCAAAGAUGAGCCUUUUGGACGUCUUUACAACAAUCUCCCCAGCAAAGCGUAUCCAUACAUACCAUCCACCCUGAUCCCCUGCUCUGAAAUGCGCUCCAAUGUGAGCCCCCCGUCACCUCCUCGUGAGUCGCUCGAACCGCCGAUGACCCCGGGAGAAUUCGACAUGCUCAACAAAACCUUGUGCUUCGACAUGGAUGUUGUGAGUUUGGAUGGCUCCAACACACGAAUGCCGGCGCGUAUCGCGCAAGAGGAGGAGGAGGAUGAGGGGGUGCCACUUUUCGGGAAUCACGUGACAGGCUUUUCACCAGUGGACGGGUCUCCGUUGAGUGGUCCUAAGAUGGCUCAGUGGCAGGCGAUGCUAAGGCUGGAUGCCGCCCUUCAGGCACAAGUGAGUCAGUUGUACGAAAGGAAGUUCCCCAGACAUAUCCGGCACUAUCUGAGCGUUUGGAUCGAGAACCAGGACUGGCAUUCAGCAUCUGUCGAUGACCAAAAGGCGAGGACUUGUUUCAACUCUCUCCUGGUUUACUUGGAAGAAGAGUGGAGCCGUUGCAUCAAGAAGGAGAACAUUUUGCAGGGACCGGAUCUUCCAGGAAUCAAAGAAUACGUGCUGAACUUCUUUGAAAACAAGCCAAAGAACCUCGCUGCUAUCCUGUUUGAGUGCCUGGAGGAGGAGAAGAAGAUCCUGCUUUCAGCACAGGGCGGCGUCUGUCCAGCUGAGGAAAUGAGGCAGACACAACUGGACCCCAAAAUUGCAGAGCUGAAGAGGAUGUCUCUGGAGGUCAGCAACGAGAUCGUGUCACUGGAAAGGCUGCAUGAAAACUUCAACUUCAUACACGCGGAGGAGCAGGGCCCUCCGGGCGCCGUGGAACAAAACAACUUUUUCGUGCAGACAAAGCAGCUUGUCCUGCAGCAGAUAAGGAGCAUUUUAAAGAUGGCAGAGGACGUGGUGCAGAUACUCACCACUGUGGAGUUGCCCGAGUGGAAGCGGCGGCAGCAGCUGGCCUGUAUCGGAUGUCCCGUUGACACCUGCUUGGACCAUCUGCAGAAGUGGUUCACAAACGUGGCUGAGGUGCUCCAACAAAUCCAGCAGCAUCUGACCAUGUUGCCGGACCCCAACGGCAUAACAUAUUACAGUACCAGCGACUCUGUUGCUGAAAUGAAUACCUUCACGCAGUCUUUGAUCACUAAACUUCUUUCCAACGCUUUAGUGGUGGAAAAACAACCCGUCAUGUCAAGUAUGCCAAGUAUACAGCGUCCUCUGAUACUUAAGACCAAGUCGCACUUCACUGUGAGGCUGAGGUUCUUGGUUUAUCUUCCAGAAUUCCAAUGCCUGCUUAAAGUCAAACCUCUAUUUGACAAGGACGUUGCUGAGAACAAUAACAUGAAAGGCUUCCGUCGCUUUGGUUUCACCUUGGACUUGAGCAAAGUGAUAGAUGUGGAUGUUGCCGCUCAUUGCUUGGUGGCGGAAUUUGAGGACAUGGUACUUCAGGAAAGCAAAAAGAGAACUCUGGGAUCAAAUGAGAGUUCUUUGGCUGUCACAGAAGAACUUCAUGUCAUUACAUUUGUGACAGAUUUUCAGCAUGAUGGACUGCACUGUCUCAUUGAGGCCAGGUCUCUACCGGUCGUCGUCAUAUCCGCUACCAGUCAGGUUCCCAGUGCCUGGGCAUCAGUGAUGUGGUACAACAUGUCCACCAGUGAACCAAUGAACCUGUCGCUAUUUUCCGACCCUCCUCCGCUGUCCUGGCCACACCUGUCCCAGCUUCUGAGCUGGCAAUUUUUGUCCAUCGGAAAACGACCGCUUGACGAAAACCAACUCACCAUGCUCAGAGGCAAAAUUGUUGAGGAUCCCAUCGGUUUUGUCAAGUGGAACUCGUUUUCCAGGGCCGGUUGUAAAAAAAAUGGAAAUGUGUGGCUCUGGCUGGACGGAAUUCUGGAUCUGAUCAAAAAGCACUUGGUGGACCUGUGGCGCGACGGGUCCAUCAUGGGCUUUGUGAGCCGAGAGAAAAUUAAGGAGCUGUUACAGGAAAAAAAGACGGGCACCUUCUUGCUCCGCUUCAGUGAAAGCAACCAAGAUGGUGCCAUCUCCUUCAGCUGGGUGGAACACUAUAAUGGAGAGGCACAAGUGCACUCGAUUGAGCCCUACACUAAAACGGAGCUGGCAAACACUCCGAUGCCCGACAUGAUUUACGACUUCAACCCCAGAGUUCAGGGCAACAUCCGAAGGAAUCCUCUGCUCUAUCUUUACCCGGAGGUGGACAAAGACGCUGCUUUCAGACGCUACUACACCCGCUCUGGUAAGGUGGCACCUAAGCCCGAUCCUGGUUAUUUGCAACGAAAACCUAUCAAUGUGACAGAUAUGCCAACGCCUCCCCCUUCUCCACCACCACAAAUGCCCAUGAUGGACAUGUUCCCCUCAAUGGCUGGCACGGAUGACUACAAUUGCCAAGAGUUGGAGAUUUUGAAUUUCCCUGACCUGCCCUUAUCCGAGCAAUAUCAAGUUUGUGACUUCAGCUCCAUCGGAAAAGAUUUGAAGCAAGAUAUUUACGAAUAGGAUUGGGCAUUUGGUGAUGUGUUCGCUGCAUGCACCACAUGCCUGGAUCCAGUCAUUCGCAGGCGACUUGAGUGCUGCUUCCACAGGUGAAAAUACCGUGUAUCCCCGCCUAGUCACAGUUCACUUGCCUUUUUGGUUUUGGGCGCUUUCUGUAAUGUCUAAAAUACCACAAGAUGCCACUGAAGUUCUGUAUAAUAAGAAAUAAGUCAUUGGUGUCAAAGAAGUAUGUUGAUGUGAUGCAUCUCAAUCGAAAGACGAGCUUUGUAUGUUUGGGGGAGACCUAAGUUUAGCCCGGGUCAUUAGCAGAAAUUAUGGCGUCAUAAGUGUAUGUGCAUUUUUUUCUAACCAUAUCCUCUGUAAACCAUUUUUUUUUAAAGAUAAAGUUUUAAGAUGA